ACCCCUCUCCUUCCCCACCAACAAACCCAAUGGCUAAUCUCUCUACACCCCCUCCCUGAUCAGUGUGGUCUGGCACUGUGGCAAAGCUGGGCAUAAACUGACAUGGCAGCGCCGGCAAUGGAAAGCGGAGCCCGCGUCGUGGACCUGCGAAGCGACACUCUGACGCAGCCUUCCCCGGCCAUGAAGGCGGCGAUGAUGGCGGCGCCUCUCGGGGACGACGUGUUCGGCGAGGACCCGACCGUCAUCGCCCUGCAGGAGAAAGUGGCGAAGUUGCUUGAGAAAGAGGCUGCUCUGUUCGUCCCGACGGGCACGAUGGGGAACCUUAUCUGCGUUUUUAAUCACUGCCGGAACCGUGGUAGCGAAGUUUUGCUCGGCAACCUGAGUCACAUUCACGUCUGGGAACAAGGAGGCAUAUCCCAGCUGGGUGGUGUGCAUCCUCGGACUUUAAGAAAUCUCCCAGAUGGCACCUUCAGCUUGAAAGAACUCCGGCAGCUGGUUCGCGGAGACAACCCACACUGGCCUGUGACGUCACUGGUCUGCGUGGAGAACACACACAACAUGGCUGGCGGAAAGGUGCUGCCUCUCGCCUGGCUGGACGAGCUGGGCUCCACAUGCCGGUCCCUGGGGCUGCCGGUGCACAUGGACGGAGCCAGGCUGAUGAACGCCGCGGCGGCGCUGGAGGUGCCCCCGGCGAGGCUGGUGCGCGACUGCGCCUCCGUCUCCGUCUGCCUCAGCAAGGGCCUCGGGGCGCCGGUCGGCUCCGUGAUCGCCGGGACCCAGGACUUCAUUCGCGGGGCUCUCCGCUUGCGAAAGGCCCUGGGCGGCGGCAUGCGGCAGGCGGGGGUCCUCGCGGCCGCAGGAAUCUACGCCCUGGACCACGUGAUGCCCGCCCUUGCCCGGGACCACGCCUUCGUCCGGACCAUCGCUCGGGCCGUUAAUGACCUCGGAAGUAAAGUAAUCACGGUCGACCUUGAAGGCGUCCAGACCAACAUUCUGCUUCUCGAGUGUGACCUCAAGCACGUCAGGCCCGAGCAGGUGUGCGAGCGGCUGCUGGAGGUUAAAAAGGGAGAAAUAAAAGAAACUGGAGAAGAGGUCGUCGUAAGAGCACUACCCAUGACGGAAUCCACGGUUCGACUGGUCGUUCACUGCGACAUCACGCCUGAAGACAUUCCGCUUGUGAUUAAAAAACUGGAUUACGUCAUCAAAGAAUUCGAGCGUGAGUGAAAUUCCAAAGGUGUUUCGAGAAAAAAAAAAGCGAGGUUCUUUUGUUAUUCUCAUGAGACAUAACGAGAAACACGGCCACAGUUAGAAUUGGAAACUAUUUGGUAGCAUUUCGAAUUCAUCAAGAGUUCCUCAUCGGACGUUCUAAAAAGCCGGAAUGGGUUUAUUCUGGUGUUUAUUACGCCUGAGAAGAAACUUUUGACGUGUUAGAUACUGUUGCUUUACGUUUUCAGAUCAUGAUGUAGCUGACAUUUUCUUUGUGUUAUUAUAAGAUUAAUUCUCUGACAAUAAAUAAAUAUAUUUAUGUA